CCUGAUUUGCCCCGUCCAUCCGUGAUUGAGCGUGCGUUCCUCUCGUGAGUCUUGGCUUGAUAGCAAAGCCAUCUCCUCACCUCGCUUCCUUCUUCUUCUUCUUCUCCGUCACCGCAAUCAUGUCCAACAUUUCGUCCUCGCCGUCACCGUCGUCGCGGCCGACGUCGCGGCCGACGUCGCUCUACUCACUUCAGACGGCAGCACACGCAGACGGCCAUCAUGGUGCCGCCAACGGCAACGAAGUCGAUGUCCUCUGCUUAGGCAGCGGUUGGACAGCUGCCUUCCUUUUGCCCCGCCUCUGGUCUUCCAACGUAUCAUUUGCCUACACUAAUCGCACAGGCGUGAAACCAGAAUGGCUGGCCCUCCCAGGGAAGCAGCCUAUCAAAUUCACGAUGCCAGGAACGGGCGACUCGCGCAUACAGUGGCGAAGAGCAUUCAAGAACUUCCCGACCGCCCGCCUCGUCGUCGUCGUUGUGCCUCUCAAGGAUCAAGUCGUCGCAAAUGAGCUCGUGACAGCAUACCAAGCUCACUGCGUAGAGAAAAAGGGGAUGGGUGCUCCUCCAUCCAAGUGGCUUAUCCUUGGCAGCACCAGCGCCUACGGAUCUGGCGAGCACAGCAGCGCUUCGCCCAUUUCCAAGUCUACGCCUCGGUCCGCCGCCGAAUCGGCCGUGCUAGCUUUGGUCAAGAGGGAUGCAGCCGUCCUGCACCUCGCAGGCCUCUACGGCGGAUCCACCCGCCACCCACUCAACUGGCUGUCCAAGGUUGCAGACGACAAGGACAAGCUAGCGUCCAAGGGAAGCCUGCACCUUGUACACGGCAGAGACGUAGCAGAGGCCAUUCUCGGAGUGUGGGAGCGCCUUCUUGAUGAUGAAUCGACGCUGUGGGGGCGACAUUGGAUCGUCACUGAUGGGCGCGUCUACGACUGGUGGCAGUUGGCUACCCAGCUACCGAGUCAGGAGCGAUCGCGUUAUGUCGCAUGGGUACGAGAGCUACAGAAGGAGCAUGGCGUAACAAGUCUGCCUCGCAAGUGCGGCGAAGAUCUGCCGCGCAAUCUUGAACGAGUGCUUGACAGCGACAGCUUCUGGGCAGCCAUUGGCAAGAAGCCCAGCGUUGGACCGGCCAACGAGGUCGACCUGCCCAUCUCUCCAAUUACGGGUCUUGCCGUCACCACCGACGCGGCGAGAGCUGACACUGACAAGUCAAGCGCACCCUCGCCGCCGCUCUCUGGCAAGUCUCGACCAUAUACACCCUCGAUCCCCAAGGCACGCCUGCAAGACCUCAUCGGCUGCCUCCAGCACGAGAUUCAGCGCGAGUCGACUUGCCCCCUGCCGCCCAUCUUUGAAGGACGACGCAUAGCCAUGGGCCUGCCUCGCGAACGUUUCCUCCAACUGCGCAAGGCCUGGCUCGACUAUGUGACUGCAAGCGCCAACGAGAGCAAUGCAUCUUGGCAAGGCCACUGGAAAGAGUUUCUGAGCUACGAGCACUAUUUCUACCCAGACGAGAGGUUGACGGGCAAGUACGUCCCUGGUGUCACGCUCGAUGGCCAACACUUUGUGCGAGUGGCUCCGACCGAGGAGACGAGGGCGCAGAGGAGGGUGGAGCCGCUAGUCUUCCUGCACGGGUGGCCGGGGUCAUGCUUGGAGGGUCUCUUUGUCGCUCGAGCACUUGCCAACCCAGGACCCGAUGUCCCCCUUAGCAAGCCCGCCUUCGAAGUCAUUGUUCCCUCACACCCUGGCUACCUCUUCAGCGGGUCGCCUCUCGUCAAUGAAGAAGACGACUCCGCCUCGUUCUCGGGUCCAGACGGCGACAUCCUCGUCAAGGAUGUGGCCGCGCUCAUCAACGACAUCAUGCUCGAUCUCGGUUUCGAUCGCUAUUCGGUGACUGCAGGUGACUGGGGCUCGUUCACCGCUCGUCGCCUUGCCCUCGACCACCCGGCUCACGUCAAGGCGGUGCAUCUCAACUUCAUCCCUGCUCCUCCUCCGACGCUUGCCCCAGCCCUGGUACCGCAGAGGCUCGUAGACGCCGUGGCUUCUCGUAUACCCGGGGUGAGCACCAUUGUCAACUUGCCCCGCUUGCUGGGCCAGGCACACUUCAUCGACCAUGCCAAGGAUGGCGAAGAAUCGACGCUCUCCCUCGGCGAACGUCUCCAGCGUCUCCUUGGCCUACCCUCUCCUCUGUCCCACCGCGACGCCACUCGCGCGCAGAAGGGCCUCGACUUUCUCACCUCUGGCUCAGCCUAUGCCCAGUUCCACGGGACCCGCCCGUCUACGCUGGGCAACAUCACGCACUCGUCGCCCUCUGCCAUCUUGUCGUGGAUCGGCGAGAAGUUCGAGACGUGGACGGACAGGACACCCGACGACUCGUUGAUCCUCGAGAGCCUGACCUUCUACUUCCUGACGGAGACGAUGUCCCGCUCCAUCUACUCGUACAGGAAUCGCCCUCCAGGAGGACCAGUGCCGCAAUCUGGGUUGAAGGAGAACUAUCUGAGCUUGCCAGUGGGCUUCUCAGAUGCGCCAUUCGAGCUGGUCCCUCCGCCCUUGGAGUGGGCCAAGGCGACUGCCAACAUCGUUUGGCACAGGAGGCACGAGAAUGGUGGUCACUUCUUGUCGAUGGAGAAGCCCAACGACUACGCGGCUGAUGUGAGGGACUUUCAUGAGCAGUUGCAGACAGGGCUCAAGUGAGGUCGCGGGCUGUAAGGUGCUUCUCUUCGAUUAUUCUCUUAUGUGCUAGAUUUCAGUCCAUACCGUAUCAAGACUGCAUGUAUUACGUAAUCGCCUG